AUGAUUGAAUCAAAUAAAAAAUCUCAUACUUUGCAAUCCAUCUCUAACUAAACCACAAGUAUGUUAAAAUGCUAAAUUAGGCUGUAUUGACAGUUUAGAUACUCUAGACUUAUGUGAUACCCUUAUUGGAAUAGAUUUUAGCAAUUAAGAUAAAUACAAUAUGUUUCAUAAGAAAUUUUGUCCAAAAUGUUUAACAUUUUUGGAACUAUUUACAUCAAAAAAUGCUUAGACCUUUUAAUGUACGUAUUGCUAAUGGAUAAUUGAACUUAAAAUCACUUUGUUGUAUACUCUUCUAAAUUGUCUUUAAAUUACAAUUUUGCUUUUUGUGUUUCCUAUUAUAGCUUUUGCACUCUCAAUUCAAAAAACCGAAGGUGUUAUAUAAAGAAUAGAAAGAAAAAUUGACAGCAUAACCAUUAUUAUUAUUGUUAAUUUACUUUUUAGCAUCCCUAUUUUCAUAAUUGGACUAAUCAUUUGUUUAUUUCUGGCACCAUAUAAAAUCUUGAUAGCUUUUUCAAAGGCUGUUGAACAAAGAGAUUACAAAAUAAUCAAAAGAGUCUUCUCAUAAUAUUGA